UCUCAUUAUUGCGGUGUGACAUGAGAGGAAUCAUCAGUUAAAAAGAUAUAAGUUGAGAUUCACAAACUUCUUUUGUCUCAGUUGGAUAAUUUCAUCGGUGCGGUGGUGUGGAGAUCAAGGACGACGACAAAGAAGAAAUUUCAAAGUGGAAGUGGUUUCGAUUUCGUAGAGGAUGAGCAUUAUGUAAUAAGUGGGAAGAAGAAGAAGACGGGAAGAGAGGAAUUUAUAUUGAAGAGGAAAUUUAUUAAAGAAGGAGAGAAAUUUCGGGGAGGGUCUUACCAAAUAGUGCAAGAAAUUUAUAAGUUUGCUGAAAAAAAGGAGAGAAGAAUUUGUAGUCGCAGCAUCCUUAUCGACAACGAGAACAACCCCGAUGGGAACCUUGUUAGGGAAAUUCACACUCUUCGGCUUCUCCUUCCGGUCCAUCAACUCUUCAAAGUUCCAUGUCUUUCUCUACAUUCUUGCUUUUGUUGUCGUCAGUGGUGGCGGCAGGGUUGUGACCGGAACUACUGACGAGAAGACGAGCGACUUGAUGAAUCAUGGUGAUUAUGAAGAAAAUGGAAAACCACAGGUGGAAAAUGUGGGGUCGCGCAUAUCACCGAAAAUACUACCACAACCAAUCCUUUCGAAACCGUAUGGUGAUGAAGACGCCCAAUUAUUGAGCUUUUAUCCACGAAGGGGAAAUUUGGGGGAAGUCGAUACCGAUGGAGGAAGAGAGAACCACAUUCUGUCGAAACGUUCCGUUCCCUUGAAUUUGAACGGUAUUUUGAAUGGGGGACACGUACGGAGAUACACACGUCAGGCACAGAACACCUUUGAUCGCAUUUACCUCUGCAUGUUUACCCUCUUUGCCAACCCAAACUGUCGAGAUCAGCAGAAUAAUUAUGUACAGAAUCAUGAUCAGGGAUCGUUUGGUGGCGGUGGCCAUCAGCAGCAGCAGGACAGCGUAGACAAUGGAGGGGGUACGUAUUUCAGCAACUUUCUCCCCACGGCGCCUCCAAAUAAUAAUCAGAACGGGUUUGGAGGGUUGUUUGGAAGCAAUGGAAUUUUUGGGGGCCAAUUUGGACUCAAUCCUUCUCCCCAGCAGCAUUUCACUAAUAAUUACAAUCCUUUCUUUCAACCCUCGACUUUCCGACCGUCCACGCCAAACUAUUAUUAUCCUCACCAACAAUUACCCAUCAUUCACCAGACGCCAUAUCCAGAGCAGCAAAUUCAUCGAAGACCGGGACCACCCCCAACGCCUAGCACAACCACGACGACAACUACUACGACUCAAAGAACGACUUAUCCCACCACAACUCAGACAACGACCACGCCCACUACGACGACAAGACCUACCACCACCACAACGACUCCUACGACGACCAGACCUACGACCACACCUACUACGACGAGACGAACUACGAGCUACACACCGACUACGACCACCUCUUCAAGAAAAGUGGACACCACCACGACUGGCAUUUUCCCCGCAGUUGAAAACUUGUCAGAUUUCGAGAAUGGCACCGGACCAAUUCCCCCACCCACUAAAAAAGUCAUAUUUUCCCUACCCGUCGUCCCCACGACGGCAUCCUCUCCCACGUACUAUCCCGACUUCACUUCCGGCAUAAAAACCAUCGCGAAAGAGAAUUCUGCCCUCAAGGCAGAAGUCUCCACGAUUCGACAAGAGUUGACGAGCUACCAGGUCCAGAACAAAUAUCUUCAAGACGCCCUUUCCACACUGCAAGGCGAUAACUCCAAGCUCAAGGGACGCGUUGGGCAGCUCGAGAGAACGAAUGACCACCUCCAACAGCAAAAUGGACAGCUGCAACAUUCCACGGGGGACAUGAGGACGCAGCUGAACGAAGCGCGAGUCAAGGUCAAGUAUGCGGAGGAGAAGAUGGUCAAGUUGGCGAGACAGGGCAUCGAGGACCAGAAACAACUAACCCGCACACAAAAUCGCGUCCGAGAUCUGAACAAGGAAAAUAAUGAAUGCAAAUCACAACUCUACCAACUCCAACUUCGUCACACGCAACGCAUCGUGCAAGAAAGUGUAGCGUCCUCCACGGAGAUUGACCUGCAUGGUGGCAGCGGAGAUAAGGGGCAGCGCUUUCCCCAGCAAAUUUACCGGGACGAUAUCCUCUCAACCUCGACCGAGCAACUGUCACAUUUCCCACAAAUUGUGGAGUUUGACGACGAUAAUUUUAGCAGCGAAGUAACCACGACGGGUGUCUCGGUUGACGUCGAGGAAGAAGUAAAAAGUGAUGAUGACGUAACGACAACGACAAGUCCUGAACAGGAACAAGAAGUAGAAAGCAGGACGGAAAUGGUGGUGGAACCAACGCCAGUGGUGGAAGUUGUGGAGGUCACGAUCACACCAGGAUCGACGACGACGCCAGUGUCGACGACAACUCCAGUUUCGACAUCAACGCAGUCACCCCUCCCAUCGACACAGAGGACAAUAGAUAUCAAACAGGAAUCAGUCAAUCCAUCUCAAAAAAUACCCCAACGCCCCACUUCCGGAAUAAUUUUUAACGAUGACGAUGACCAAUUCGGACUGCACAUCGUGGGAGCGGAUGACGAUUCUGAUGAGAGUGAAAAUAACUCUAACGAAGUUUCAAUCAUAUUUGGAAAUCCGGUCGUCAUUGUGCCGGAAAAUGUGACAUCAACGAAGUUUACGACGACAACAACAACCACGACACCGCGACCUAACCCGUACGGUGCAAUUUUCCCAUCUUUAACUAAUUUUGGCGACCCACACCAUCAACAACCCGACAUUAUUUUUGAUGAUGACGACGUUGAUCCGUUCGGACUUGGCGUGAGCAUAGUUGGUGCCGACGAUUUAGAAAGUGACGACGACUCCAACGAAGUUUCAAUCAUGUUGGGAAAUCCAGGCGACGAUCUCGAAGAUCCGGAUCGUUCACUCAAUUUGAAUUUCCAGAAUGGGCAACAACAACCAUAUUCUCCUGCGAAUUACGACGCGUUCAGUUCAUUUAAUCCGAAUCAACGUCCCAAUUCUAACCCUAAUCUCAUGUAUUCGCACCCUUUCAGUAAUUACUGGCCGUAUCAGCAGUUCUCGGGAGGGAUGAUGGGGCAUGGUGGGGUACGGAUAAGUCCGGGUGGGGGUGGUUAUGAUGAUCAUGUCUCGAAAUAGAUUUUAUUUACUUCAUUCCUUAAAUUGCUUUAACUCAUUAAUUACUGUACAAACAAGAUAACUUAUUUGUGUAUAUGUAUUUAUACUGUGCUGUAUGUAGUCAUUUUAUUUAUUAACAAUUUUCUUUUUUUUGGGGGGGGGAGGGGGAGAGUUUGGUAGAUGUAUUUACAGAUAUAAAUAAAAAGGUGCAGCUAAUUACAUAACGUCAAA